AUGGCUGUAAAGCUGAACGAUGCCAUUUUCUUGGAUCUGUUUGAACAUGAGCUGCGACUCAUGCGAUGCCUUCCGACGUCACUGAAAAAAUUGGCCAUGGAUCCCAGUCUUCUUAUACCGCCUACAACAGCUUCUGUACUUCUGGAGAAAUCACCAUCCACAACGUCGUUCUCAUCAUCAUCGUCGCGAUCUUCGUCCAUUUCUAACCUGGCGCAAAAUAAUCACACACAAAUAGAGCGAUCCAAACGUCUCCCACAGUCCCAAAUGGAGCACACACAACAUGCGAUCGGCGUUUACCUUUUAUUGCAUAUCUGGCUCGAAUCCUUAUUACGAGUUCGUUCCGGUGAAGUGAAUAGGAGUUCUCAGUUCGAGCCAUCCAAGUUACCUUCGGAUAAUGCAGCUCCAGAUAUCGAACAUCUAUUCUCUUCACGGUUGCCGGUUGAUUUGGCUUCAGUUCCCGGGUUGGCUGGGCUUGGGGAUGUCCCGGACCCGAAGAUUACAUUAGUACAUAAAACGGGUGAUAAAUUAGACCUAUCAUCAGAAGCGCUUAUCGGAUGUACUGUGGAAAGUAAAGGCAGUCAUGAAAAGCGUUUCUUGGUGAACUAUAGUCAGCAGCUUGUAUUGGUCGAACCCGAUUCGAAACAGAUGGGCUGGGGUGUCAUCACUUUCAUUGGUCCACUACAGGUGAAUCACUCAUCAACAUUUCCUGGUUUUCUGUCAAAGUGUAUCAAUGACCAAAAUACUUUGCGUCACUUUAUAGCUUGCAUGUUUUGA